GAAGAACCCCAAGGAGCGCACCGCCCUCUUCGAGGAGAUCAGCCGCUCCGGGGAGCUGGCGCCCGAGUACGAGCGCCGCAAGAAGGACAUGGUGAAGGCCGAGGAGGACACGCAGUUCAACUACCACCGCAAGAAGAACAUCGCCGCCGAGCGCAAGGAGGCCAAGCAGGAGAAGGAGGAGGCGGACCGCUACCAGCGGCUGAAGGACGAGGUGGUGCGGGCCCAGGUGCAGCUGCAGCUCUUCAAGCUGUUCCACAACGAGGCCGAGAUCGGGAGGCUGCACAAGGAGCUGGCGCUCAAGAACCGCGAGAUCGACAAGGACAAGCGGCGCAUGGACCGCGUGGAGGACGAGCUGCGCGAGCGCAAGAAGGAGCUGGGCAAGAUGCUGCGCGAGCAGCAGCAGAUCGAGAAGGACAUCAAGUGGGUGGCCCCUGGUGGCCUCACGUGUGUCCCGAGUGCCCCCAAUGGCUCCUGGAGGCCCUGGUGGCUCUUGGUGGCCCUCACACGUGUCUGGAGACCAUGA